GAGAGCUAGCUGACGGCGAAAUGAGCAGUUGGGUGGUUGAGAUGCAAGCCUUGCUCAACAACUUCGGCAAUGAUCAGAGUCAAGAACAGCAGCAACCGAGGAAGGUGGAAACGUCCAUCUACAAAGUCCCUCCUCCCUUCAUCUCAAAUAUUAACAAGACAGCCUACCAGCCCCAAACGGUGUCGUUUGGGCCGUAUCACCACGGGGAGCCUCAAUUGGCAUCGAUGGAGGAUGACAAGCGACGCACUCUCCUCUACUACAUCCAACAAGCAGGGCGAACCGUGCAAGAGGUCUUUAACCUCGUAGCGGAAAUGGCCCAAGAUUUGAAGGACUCGUACGAUUCCCUUGACUCUAAAUGACAAGAUGACACCGAGGGAUUCGUGCAAUUGAUGAUCUUGGAUGGGUGUUUCAUGCUUGAAUUACUACAACCAUUCUACAUCAGUCAUUCCAAGUACUAUCGCAACUACGACCAAUAUAUCAGGCUCAGACUUGAUGCAUUGAUGCUGGAGAAUCAGUUGCUAAUGUUUUUUCUAAUCAAGCUCAAAUGUAUCCUAAGGCAUAAGGAUAAGCCUAACAUUGAAGAAGUGAAAGAAUUGGAGAAAUUGGAGGAGGAGAUACUCGAUCUUUUCGACUUGGACUACAGUCGCAAGGACUCAGAGACGACCACAUGUUUGCACGUGCUUGACCUCUGCCGCAAAAGCCUACUCCACGCACACAGCGAACAUGGAAAUGCAUCCCCUCAAUUUUCAAAUCAAGGAAAAGGAAAGGGCAAGAGGGUCAGCCACAACGUCGCCCACCUAGUCUCGACGUUCCACGAUGCCGGCAUCCGCAUCAUGAAAAGUGAAAGCAAAAGUCUCCGGGACAUCACCUUCAAGCGCGACAUCUUGAAUGUAAGUAUUCCCGCUCGGAUAUUCUAGCUGCCCGAACUAUCCGAACAGAAACACUUACGGAAGGAAAAAAAUAAUAAAACACGAGACAAAGACCACCUUGACAUGCAUACACAAAAAUAAGAACAGCGAAAACGAAGCUAAACACAUGUAUGCACUACGGGUACCCCGCUAUUAUAGCGGUCACAUGAUAAAUAAGUAAACACAGA